AUGGCGACCCUCGGAAUCAAUGGCGAGCGCGCCUACAACAUUGGUGUCGCCAUUGAUCCCGUCGCCCUGGUGGUGACAGAAUGCAUCACCGUCACCAGCGCGAUGCGCAAGCACGCCCGCUGGGCUCACUCCUCCAUCUCCUCCAUCCUCGGCACCUCUCCCACCGCACGGUUGCCUCCCUCCGACGCACGCGCCACGAAUCACGAACGAAACCGCGCCAGCAGUAAAAUCGACCUCAUCGAUGACGACGGCACUCUCACCUCGCGAUGGGGCCUUCGGGGCAAGAAGGGGCACAGCAUGCAAGACAACCCGCUCAUGAGCGCCUUUGCAAAGCUGCGGGUGGAUUUGAAACAGUGCAAGGACAUCCAGACGUUCGAAGCGCCCGCUCUGCUUCAGCCGUUUCUGCAGGUCAUUCGGAGUAGCAGCACCACCGCUCCGAUCACGAGUCUGGCCUUGAUUGCCAUUACGAAAAUGUUGGCGUACAAUGUCAUCAACCCUACGAACCCCAAUUUCAGCUAUGCGAUGCAAUUGCUGGCCGGCACGGUGACGCAUUGUCGAUUCGAAGGCGACAACACUGCGAGUGACGAGGUGGUGUUUCUGAGGAUACUCAAGCUCAUGGAAGAUAUGAUCCGUGGGCCGUCGGGCGAUGUGCUUGGGGACCAGAGCGUGUGUGAGAUGAUGGAAUGUGCGUUGUCUAUCUGCUGCCAUUUGCGCAUGAGCGAGGUUCUGCGCCGGAGUGCGGAGAUCAGCAUGGUUACAAUGUGUCAGGUGAUUUUUGGACGGUUAAAAACGCUGCGAUUCGAGUUUGAGGAAGGCAGUGGUGGGGACGCCGAAGACCAGACGGUGCAAGAGCUCGAGGACGAGAUGCAGGGUGUCAAGAUUGACUCUUCGAUCAACGCCGAGACCAGCCCGGAGAAGAUGCAAAACAUUCGCGCCGGAAGCUUGGAAGUCCCGGCCCAUUCAAGUCCGUCUGAGCGGCCGAGUAUGGACGCUAAUAGCAGCCAAAUCGAUUUGCUCAAGACGGACGGAGACGAUGAUGAGCCGUUGGACAUCAAGCCUUAUGGCCUACCAUCUAUCCGUGAACUCUUUCGAGUUCUCUCUGACCUUCUGGAUCCCCACGAUCGUCAACGAACAGACACAUUACGAGUGAUGGCCUUACGAAUUGUGAAUGUCGCUCUCGAAGUUGCCGGUCCAAGCAUCGCGAAUCACCCAUCUAUGGCGUCGUUGGCGAAAGACACGCUUUGUCGAAAUCUUUUUCAGCUCGUCCGAUCCGAGAACAUUGCCAUUCUCCACGAAUCUCUGCGCGUGGCAGGCACGCUCCUUGCCACCUGCCGGAGCGUGCUGAAACUACAACAAGAGUUGUUCUUGAGCUACGUCGUUGCUUGCUUGCAUCCCCGGGUGCCGAUUCCGGACGAGGCGAAUAUCGAUCCGUCUCUCUACCAAGGCGUCCCGCAAGCUCCCGCUCUGGUGAAGCCGCAGCCGGCCUCUGGUAAUCAGAGUGGCCGAUCAACACCUGUACCGAUCCGAGACCGGCAAAAGCUUGGCAUGGAGGGUGGUUCGCGGAAGCCUGAUGCUCGAGAAGCGAUGGUGGAAAGUGUGGGUGGCCUCGUGCGCAUCCCAUCCUUCAUGGUCGAGCUGUUCGUCAACUACGACUGUGAGAUUGACCGGAGCGACUUGUGUACAGACAUGGUUGGCUUGCUCUCUCGGAACGCCUUCCCGGAUUCUGCUACGUGGAGUACGACGAAUGUCCCGCCGCUGUGCUUGGACAGUCUGCUAGGCUACGUUCAGUGGAUUGCCGAGCGCAUCGAUGAUGAGCCAGUGACGGCAAACAUGCCUGACCGCGCAGCUCUCCGAGAAAAACGAGCCAAGAAGAAGGUUAUUAUCCGGGGCGCGACCAAGUUUAACGAGAGUGCGAAAGGCGGCAUAGCAUAUCUUGCCGCACAAGGUAUCAUCUCAGACCCCAACAACCCGCGCGCGGUCACCGCCUUCUUGAUGGGUACCACUCAUGUCGACAAGAAAGUGCUUGGCGACUUCAUCAGCAAGAAGUCCAAUGAUGCAAUCCUGGACGCCUUCAUGGAUCUCUUCGACUUCGAAGGUCUGCGGGUGGACGAGGCUCUUCGACAAUUGCUCAACACCUUCCGUCUUCCGGGAGAAUCGCAGCUAAUCGAGCGUGUGGUGACCACAUUUGCCGAGAAGUACUUCGCAGUCGCCCAGCCCAAAGAGAUCUCGGACAAAGACGCCGUUUUCGUCCUCACCUACGCCAUUAUCAUGCUCAACACCGACCUUUACAAUCCUAAUGUCAAGAGCAGUAAUAGGAUGAGCUUCACCGAUUUCUCGCGAAACCUGCGUGGCGUGAAUGGCGGCGGCAACUUUACGCCGGAGUAUCUGCAAGAGAUUUACGAUGCCAUCAAGUCCCGCGAGAUUGUCUUGCCCGAGGAGCACGACAAUAAGCACGCCUUUGAACACGCCUGGAAAGAACUCCUUGUCAAGACUCAAACGGCUGAAGACCUCGUCAUCUGCCAAACCAACAUCUACGAUGCCGACAUGUUUGCUGCAACAUGGAGGCCGAUCCUCGCCACGCUCAACUACGUCUUCGUUUCCGCGACUGAAGACGCGGUAUUCCAACGGGUCAUCGCCGGGUACAAUCAGUGUGCUCAGAUCGCUACGCGGUACGGCAUUAGCGAGUGCCUCGACCACAUCAUCAUGAGCCUGGCGAAGAUCAGUACUCUUGCCACAGAGACACCGCCGAGUACGAAGUUGAACACGGAAGUGCAGGCUAGCGGCAAGAGUAUCAUGGUCAGUAAGUUUGCUGUUGAGUUUGGCAGAGACAACAAGGCGGAGUUGGCGACGUUGGUAUUGUUCAGGAUUAUCAAUGGGAACGAGGUGGCCAUCAGGGACGGCUGGACACAGAUUGUGCGCAUCAUCAUCAACCUCUUUGUGAACUCACUCGUCCCCACGUCCUUUACCUCGAUCUCUCGCGACCUGGACCUCCCUCCUAUUCCCCUUCAAUCGCCUGCCCAGGUCAUUGAGCGAAAUGACAAGGCUGGAGAGGUCGGAUUGUUCUCGGCCUUUACAUCCUAUGUCAGCUCGGUGAUGAACGACGAGCCUCCCGAACCCAACGACCAGGAAAUCGAAGCGACCCUGUGCACCGUCGACUGCAUCAACGCGUGCCGCUUCGAGGAGAUUCUGGGGAAUGUCAGCGAGCUACCCGUCGACAGCCUGAAGUCCCUGACAAUGUCGUUGUUGUCGCAUCUACCGGAGAACGACAGCCCGCGAGUCAUUGCUGUUAAACCUGAGAUCCCCGCACCGACGCCGCUGCGUCCGAACGGGACGAAAGGUGCGACGAUUGAGCCUCCCAUGUACGACCCGGCCGUUGUCUAUGCGUUGGAGCUGGCUACAAUACUCGCUCUGCGGGACGAAGAGACCAUCACCGCUCUCGGCUCGGAGGUUGCGGAGGCGUUGCAGACCGUCAUUCGUGACUCGGAGCGACUACAUCCCGUGUCGCUCAGCCGCACGGUCUUCUACCUGCUCAGCUUGCUCCGAGCGAGCAAUGAUCACGGCUACAUUCGCGCACCCGUCGUCCUGCACGCCAUUUCGAGUUUCCGCGAGGAUAUGCUCAAGGAGUGCGCCCAGCCUAUCCUGAAGGGCCUUCACAGCUGCAUCAGUGGGCCAUCGGAACUCAGGAAUGAGAUGGCGUCCUCUCCGGACUUCUGGGCUGUGCUACAUCAAUUACAGCCCAUCAAGGAGGGGGCGGCGUUGGUAUUCCGGAUUGCGGAAGCCGUUGCUGAUCCCUCCAGCUCGGCGAUCACGGCCGACAACUACGAAGCGACGGUUUCGCUGUUGAAUGCUUUUGCCACUGCGGGCAGUGUCGGGGCCAAGCAAGAGCAGCAUCGCGAGCAGCUUGCGAAGCGAGGACAGCCGCAACCACAAGACAAGAAGCCCAAGAAGGAUGAGGCCGUCGUGCGAGCAACGAAAGCCCUCGCCCUCGUGUCGAAACUCGCCGGCCGCGUACCUGCGCUCAUCGAGCACUCCCAUCUCGAGACCAACGAAGCCUGGCGGGCAUACUGGUCGCCCGUCUUCCGCUGUCUAGCCACGCAAGGCUGCAAUCCCUGCCGCGAGAUCCGCCAGCAAGCCUUCUACUCCCUCCAGCGAUGCCUGCAAUCCCCCGAGCUCGCCUCACCCGACCACAACGAGUGGACCAACAUCUUCGGCGAAGUCCUCUUCCCCCUCAUCAACCAGCUCCUCAAACCCGAAGUCUACCAAACAGACCCGGCAGGCAUGAGCGACACCCGCGUGCAAGCGGCGCAGCUCCUCUGCAAAAUCUUCCUGCACUACCUCGUCUUGCUCAGCGAGUGGGAGGGCGUGCUAGACCUCUGGAUCAAAAUUUUGGCCGUCAUGGACCGCCUUCUCAACAGCGGGCAGAACGAGAGUCUGGUGGAAGCGGUGCCGGAAUCGCUGAAGAAUAUCCUGCUCGUCAUGAGCAGUGGUGGCUACUUGCUGCCUCCUUCGCAGGAUGCUGAGCAGCAGACUGAGCAGCAGAGGCAACUUUGGAGCGAGACGUGGACGAGGCUGGAUCGCUUUUUGCCCGAUUUGAUGCCGGAGCUGUUUCCUGAUGAGGCGAGGGCGCGCAAGGAGGCGGCCGUGCGGUCUCCGCCGCGGAGAGAGUCGAAGGAUGACACGCCGAAGAGUCCGCAAAGUGCGGGCGAGAGGCUUUCGACUUCGAUCAGUGAGGCGCAGACGGCUUGA